UAGCCAUCGCCAAGUCGCCUUGAUUGAGGAUAGGAUUCGCUCUUUUUUCUCCCUCUCCUUUUCUCGUACUCCUGUUCCAUCGCCUUAUUUGGCUCUUUCUCCUGAUGUUCACCUGCGAUGCCUGUCUUCGUCGGGCACUUAUCUCGCUGGGGUGCGGCGCCGGUCCGUCACACUUCCCAUCUCCCUUGUCUAGACACUCGUUCGAGCACGCGAUCAAUUCCACGGCUGCCUUCUCUCGCGAUCAUGCAACUCUACAAUCCCUCAGAAAGGGCCAUCACCGCAACGAGCUUUUCAGAGCCCUAAAAGAGGAACGCAAAACCCCCCCCGUGAAAGCCAAGCCGUCGAACGCUCGCGCAAAACUCCUGGCGAAAGAUGCUCAGGCAAGGGAACGCAACUGGUUGCAGCGCCUUGAACCCUCCGACCGAGAAGCAUAUCUGAAGAAGGCGAUGGAGAAGGAAGCCAGAUACUUGGUGGACCCUCUGAAACUGGCUCAGGGCGUCGUCGAAAAACUCCGGGACCACAAUCUGCAGGCCGCCUUGGAGCUGGUCCGUGCAAGUGAAAGGGCUCAUAACGGCAAGGGAGUGGACAAUGUCGUCAGUUGGAAUCAUAUCAUAGAUUGGCUGAUGGGCCAGGAGUCUCCUGGCGAGGCGUGGAAGGUCUACAACGAGAUGAAAAAACGAGGCCAUAAACCCGACUCCCACACUUACACCAUUAUGCUGAGAGGCUAUCGCGAUAAUGUCAAAAACCCGAACGCCGUUCAGCAAGCGUUGAGCGUUUACGACUCCAUCUCCGCCGCCAACUCGGCAGUCACUCCGACUACCAUUCAUACAAAUGCUGUCAUCAGUGUUUGCGCGCGCGCGCAUGAUAUUGAUGCCAUAUGGAGAAUUGCUGGGAGACUUCCUGAACGUGGACCUGGCGCCCCAGACCACGUUACGUUCACCACCAUACUGCAGGCCCUGAAUAGCGAAGCGCAAAAGAGGGCAAUAGAUCGAGGAGGCAGAGAAGGACCUGGUUUUGAUCCGCAGCCAAUAUUUGACCAAGUGAUUGACGACGCGCGCAAGUUGUGGCUUGACAUUACCGCGCGAUGGAGAAGAGGAGACCUUCACCUAGAUGAGCCCCUUGUCUGUGCCAUGGGAAGAUUGUUGAUGCUCUCGAGCAAUCGAAAUACUCAUCUGGAUGUUCUCAACCUGGUCCAACAAGCCAUGAACAUAAGCAGAUUGCCUGAGGCUUCAAGUGCCGAUCCGGUAGAUAGGAUAGAGGAGGCGGCAGAGGAACAGGAAUUGGAAAUCGCAGCUAAGCACGAGCCUCCAACCUUCCUCGACAUUUCAGCAACGAGAGCAACCCGCUCGAGUCCGCCCUCAAGACAGCCCAGCAUGGCGAUCUCAUCUGUGUAUGCCACGCCUGGUACCAAUACUCUCUCAAUGCUCAUGGAGACAACCACCGCGCUUCGGAAGCUGAAGCUGGGCAAAUACUAUUGGGAAUUGCUCACAUCCGCAGAUGGCUCUUACAAGAUCGUUCCCGAUCAUCAGAACAUUAUGGCUUUCCUCCGUCUGCUUCGGGUUUCUCGCGCAAGUAGAGCGGCCUUGGACGUUCUUCGAGCUCCACGACCCAAUGACGUACGAGACAAACUCAUGGUUCGGGGCACAUUUGUCAUAGCCAUGAGCACCUGCCUCCGAGACAAGAAGAAUCCAAACGUCUUCGAGACGGCCAGCCGGAUUAUGGAUUUGAUGCAAGAGAGCACACAAGAUAUGAGAGUUGACCCUGAUGGUUCUGAAACAGAGCCUCAAGGCCAGAAGCUCAGGUUCUCUCCCAAAGUCCUCCGGAUGUAUUUGGAAGUUGCGAUGGCGACCACCAAAGGAAUUGGUGCCGGCCCGCUCGAGAAGACCAGCAAUGGAGACUUGGAUUUCGAGCGGGAUCCUAGCAAAAACCAUACUUUGAGAGCAUUGCGACGACUCGGUCCCGAUGUGAUCAACGUCAGGCAGCUAAUCAAAUCUCACUUGGUUGAGCUUGAACAACAAGCUGCCAUGAGAGGACGUACAAUCAGAGUCCAAAAAUUGCUUGAGAAGCGCCAGAUUACGCCGUACAGCGUCACUGAAAACAUCGGCGAACUGGUCGAGUUGCUGCGGACCAUGAUCAGUGCGAUUGACAAGAUCAUUCUGGUCAAUGAGCGAUUGGAGGAUGAUGGAAUGGGGCCUUUGGAUAAAAGCAUUUUGACCGAGUGCUGGUUGCAGAAACGCAAGUUGUCGGCCUUUGUAUCCAGGGUUGCGAAUGUGGUUGCGGACCCCAAAGGACCUGGAGAGCUGAAGGCGCGGCGUGUAGACGAAAGAGGUCGUCCCUUGACUGGCAGAGGCAAGCACAAGGAAGACGCAGAUGCCGGAGCCAAAGACGCCGAGGAGGCAGGCGACGAGAUGGCGGACGAGGGUUUUGAUGCCGGCAUGGCCCCUGCCAGUCCGCGCGCAAAACUCUUGGACGACAUCAAGACCGCGCAGGCCAAGCAAGCCAAGUCCAAGGAAGAACGAGGCCUCUCACGCCGGCAGAAACUGGAACUGAUCAAAGAAGAACAAAUCCGUGCGCAGUUCCCCAGCAGCGUGUUGAGAGAGCGGCAGAGCGGGCACGUUCGAACCCAGAGGAGGGAGACCACCGGGCCGGUAUCGACCCAGGGAAGCCGGGCGGGAGCUUCUCGAAAGGCGCCCGUUUGGAAAACGAGGCAGAUGGAGAUCAAGGAGAUGCGAAGAGAGAAAAGAGAGGCCAAGGCCAAGGAAGCCCAGGAGCGGAGAAACGAGAGGGAGACGUACAGGGGAUGGGGAGGCGGGUUCGAGGACAUGUUGAAAGUACAGGACAAGCCUGAAAGGGCCGGCAUUGUGGAAUUGGGGCCCUGAUUGUGUUUGGCGUCCCGACUAUUUGCACCCCUACGGUUAAUGUACGAUACAAGGCUUGAGAUAGCCUGGGAGGUGGCAUGGUUUCAAAGGCGUCGACUAGGACCAGAAAGCAAGGAAGGAGAUGGGCGUGAUACCAAAGAAUCUCUCCCUCUCUUCAUCUAUGAAUACAGGAAUUAUACUUGUCUACCCAGAAGGAAUGGAGUCUCUAAACGGCGCAGGAAAC